AUGACUGUGUCCGCUCUUCAGGUGGGCAACGGGUCCGACCUGCCGCGAUCACACACAGGUCGCCUUGCUGAGCGGCCCAUGACCGAAGAUGAAGUCACCGCUUCGGACGCAGACCGGCCGGCUUAUGUGCCUGCCCUCGAUGUUCUCCGCCCUGAUGUUCCCGGGGCCGAGGGCACUACUCUCGGCUUUUUCCACGCUUUCAUCUGCGACAAAGAGGCUGCGUCUCGCAGUUUCUGUAUCCGCUGUGGCGGCCCCGUCGCCUUUCACUGCCGCCCGCAGGCCGAAUGGUUUGGCCCCAGCUUCAAGCAGCCCGAGGGCUGGUCCGACAUUUUUGACGUUCUUCUUGGCACCGUCGAUCGCCACCACCUCGACAAGGAAGACUGGCUCGCUAUCGAACAUGACCAGGCUUGGGACGAGGCUCUUUGCUGGAACAAAGCUGUGCUCGUAAACGGCCGCAGCCCCGGCGCGAGACGUCACCCAUCUGGCGCCCUGUCAGACGAAGUGCCCGAGGGGGACCUGCUCAGGCCAUGA